ACAUUCUGUACAUGAAAUAAUACUUUAUACGUACGAUGCAGUUUUUUACAAGUACGAUAAACUGACUUCGUCAGUGGACACCUUUUAUUAUUAUAAAUAGUAGUAUAUUUGUGUGUUUAAUACGGAUAUACUGUGUUCUAUGGGUCGUGGGAAUUCCACAUUGCGCGUGGAAGGUGUAUCGAUGUUAAAUUGAAAAGUUGUAACGCACUAAUACGAAUGCUGUGAAAAACACGUAGUCAUAUAGAUAACGAUUGACGUUGGCAUUCAUUAUUUAGGGGGCCGAUCCCAGUGUGUUUCUUGGUAGAUUGACAGAAUCGCUAAGAUGGCUGAUAUUAAAGAAUCUCCGCCGCUUUUCGAUACAAAUGAAACAAAAGUUGACGAUUUGGAUGAUGACGACGAGGAUAUUUUCGCGUCGGCUGUACAAGAUCAGAGUCAGCUAGAAGAUUCAUCUCCCUACAAUGGGAUUUCAACAAUUCCAGCAGAAUUACCAAAGUUAACUUUACGAGAUGCACCUGAAGAAAAUUCAUUUUCAUCUGUGUCAAGUCCUGCACCAGGGCCUUUAAGCCCACCAUUGGGACCAAUGGGUAGUGACAUAGGUGAUCUUCAUGACGUUCCUAUAAACGAUAAUUCAGACAUUCUACCAACAAAUAUUAUCCAGAAUCAAUCAGUGGAUGAGGUAUCAGCAGAUUCAUCCGAUGUAUUUCUAAAAAUUACAGUAACUUCUCCUCAGAAAAUUGGAGAUGGCAUGGGUGCUUAUGUCGCUUAUAAAGUUGAAACCAAAACAAAUAUGCCAAUAUUUAGAAAGCGAAAUUUCAGCGUUAUUAGGCGCUUUAGCGACUUUCUAGGUCUUCAUGAUAAGUUGACAGAUAAAUACCUUCGAAAUGGCAGAAUAAUUCCUCCUGCUCCAGAAAAGAGUGUUAUCGGGACAACUAAGAUUAAAAUGUCAGGUGACAAGAGUCAAGAACAAAAUUCCAGUUCCACAGAGUUUAUUGAGAAACGUAGAGCAGCUCUUGAAAGAUAUUUAAAUAGAACUGCAGCUCAUCCAGUGCUCAGCGUUGAUCCCGAUUUUAGAGAAUUUUUGGAAGCAGACAUGGAAUUACCAAAAGCUACCAAUACAUCUGCGCUUAGCGGUAAAGGAGUAAUGAGACUCUUUAACAAAGUUGGAGAAACCGUUAACAAAAUAACUUAUAAAAUGGAUGAAACUGAUAAAUGGUUUGAAGAAAAAACAUCACAAAUUGAUUCCCUUGAUAUACAAUUACGUGCAUUACAUUCUGCUGUUGAUACCUUAAAUAAUCAGAGAAGAGAGUUAGCAACGUGUACUGGUGCAACAGCAAGAUCUAUUGCAGUACUUGGUCAUGGAGAACCAGGUGCAUCUUUGGGAAGGGCAUUAGCUCAACUGGCUGAGACUUUAGAAAAAAUAGAAGUGAUUAGAAAAGCACAAAGUAAUAGUGAUCUCUAUCAAUUCGGAGAAAUGUUAAGGGAUUAUGUUGCUCUUAUUGGAGCAAUAAAAGAUGUGUUCCACGAACGAGUAAAAGUUUUUCAAAAUUGGCAACAUGCUCAAAUGGUAUUAAAUAAAAAACGAGAGCAGAAAGCGAGAUUAGAACAGUCUGGUAGAACUGAUAAAACAAGUCAAGCUGCUACCGAAGUUAUUGAGUGGGAAGCAAAAGUUGAUAGAGGACAAGAAGAAUUUGACAAUAUUUCGAAAAUGAUUAAAAAAGAGGUAGACCGAUUUGAGUUAGGAAGAGUAGAGGAUUUUAAAAAGCAGUUAACAGAAUAUUUAGAAUCCAUGUUGCUAUAUCAAAAUCAAAUUAUUAAAUUUUGGGAGAGCUUUUUGCCUGAAGCUCGAGCAGUUGCAUGAACAUUCCUGAAAUUAUUCUAAAAUGUUUUUUUUCUUUAAUAUAACAAUAAGAAAACUUUGCUGUAAACAUUUGUUUUCAUACGUGUUGGAGUAAAUUUCUGAAUGAUAAAUAAUACUUGUACAAUGCAUAUAUAAUUUAUUAACAUGCAUUACAAGAAAAAUAUUCGCAUUGUAGAAUCAAGAAAAUGACUGUAUAUGCGAAUAAAUGGAAGUUUUAUGUACAAUAAUUUUGGAAUACUGCCAGUGCUUUCACAAAUUUGAAAAUAACAAAAAUAUAGUAUAUUUCAUUCGAAUUUUUACAAAUUCAUUUAUGCUAAUUAUCUUUCGAGACAUCAUGCGUUUAUCAUCUUAUUAUUAGCUCAUAUUAGAAGUAUUCAACGUAGAAUACGGUUUGUUAAAAACGUUUUACAUAAUAAUAAAAAUGAAUCAAGAUUGUAUAAAUAGAAAGCAUUAAAUAACUAUUUGUUGAAACAAAGUUUAAUGAUAUAAUU